UUAAUACAACGGCAAAAUAAUAACACAAAAUAAAUGAAUAAAAUAAAUUAUUAAAACAAAUACAAAAAUUACAAAUAAACUAACAAUUUAUGUCACAUCUUAUCAGCUUCCUAAAUAAAUAAACAUAUAAACAAAUAAAUAAAUAAACAAACAGCUCCUGCAGGACGGGGUGUCAUAGCGCAGCUCUGCCGGGAGGUGUCGCCAUUCUGCGGCUUCCCUUCACUGCAACCUCUACGGCGUCUGCCAAGGGACAUUUUAUGAUUUACUUUGACAAAUACUGAUGUUUGUGGUGUUUUAUUGACAGAGACAGACUUGUAAACAACCAGCGGAGUGUUUUACACAUUUAAAUGUCCUGAGGAUUAAACGCUGAGUCGUUUAAAGCCGCGCAGAGACGCUCCGUCACCGCCGGGCUGCGAUGAGAAGUAACGGGAGUUAGUGGCCGGAGGCAGCGUCGCCACUUCGGACUUUUUGUCUCGGAACCACUGAGUCCAUCCGGUGAGUGAAUCUGUGACCGGUCACCGGACCGAUAAGGCGUUAACGACCCCAUUAGAGGCAGGUGAGUGACGGGGGAGAUAGCGGAGCUGCUGCGGGGCCGCUAACUUCACUUAGCUCGCUAUGCUAACGCUAGCUCGGCUGUAUUUAGGUUAGAGCUAGCUAGCAGCGAGCUAACGUUGCUAACAGGAGAAGCUAACAUAAACUGUUUGGACAUUUACCGUCAGCCUGAAUAAGCGUGUUUAAGUCGCUUACCGGCCGGUUAGCUCGCUGUAAAGUCGCGGUAACGUCUUUAACGCGGAGCUGGUGUGUUUGCGUUCAUUAUACGUCACGGACAAAACCGUUAACUCUUCGUUAAAGUGCGCUACUUUGGCAAACUUCGCCUUUUUGUGAUUCAUUUGUGCUCCAGGAGAAUGAGGUCCAGAGCAGCCCUCCACCGCAGGACGUCUCGGAGCUCAUCACGGCUCAGUCACCACCGUUAGCCGCCUCUGAACGGGUCGUAACCGGGGUAACAACCGGGGUGUAACCGGGGCCGAGUCUCCUGCAGCAGGACGAGUGCACACACACCGUGAGGAGGAGUGAAGGCCAGUGUCUGUGUGCAGUCUGAGUCUCAUGGAGGAGGAGGUGACGGUGAGCAUGGAGUACCUGCUGGAGCAGGUGAUGCACAAGGACCUGGGCAAGAGGCUCCAGGUGGGCCCCGAGGUCAUGGAGCUGAUCCUGGACGAGGAGAGGACCCCCGACAUGGAGCAGGAGCAGGGCAUGCUGGACAGGAUGGUGGACGCAGUGGCCAGCUCCUGGGUCAACUCCAGCAACUUCAAGGUGGUGCUGCUGGGGAUGGACAUCCUGUCAGCUCUGGUCAGCAGGCUGCAGGAGAGGUUCAGGACGCAGGUGGGAACAGUGCUGCCCAGCCUCAUCGACCGCUUAGGAGACGCCAAGGACCAAGUCCGGGACCAGGACCAGGCUCUGCUGCUGAAGAUCAUGGACCAGGCGGCCAACCCACAGUACGUGUGGGAGCGCAUGAUGGGAGGCUUCAAACACAAGAACAACAGGACCAGAGAAGGACUGUGCCUCUGUCUCAUCUCAACUCUCAACGUGUUUGGAUCUCAGAGUCUGACGCUCAGUAAAAUCGUCCCUCACAUCUGUAACCUCCUGGGAGACCCCACAAGUCAGGUGCGUGACGGAGCCAUGAACUGCCUCGUGGAGAUCUACCGCCACGUCGGGGAGCGAGUGAGGAUGGACCUGGGAAAGAAGGGUCUGCCUCAGUCACGGCUGAACGUCAUCUUCAGUAAGUUUGAUGAAGUCCAGAGGUCGGGGAACAUGGUGCUGUCACCUGUGUCAGAUAAAAACUUCGAGGACGAUGACUCGGGGGACGGCGGCCGCUCCUCGUCCUCGUCCAAAGGAGCCUCGCUGUCUGGGAAGAAGACGGUGAGCAUGGGAUCGUUUCGACGCCCCGCCUCCAGCAGCAAGUCUGCAGGGAGGGACGGGUCUGGCGCAGGAGCUGUGGACGAGGAGGACUUCAUCCAGGCCUUUGAGGACGUCCCCACAGUGCAGAUCUACUCCAACAGGGAGGUAGAGGAGGCCAUGACGAAGAUUCGAGACGUGCUGUCAGACGAUAAGAGGGACUGGGAGCUCAGAGUGGCCGCGCUGAAGAAGGUGCGUUCGCUGCUCCUGGCCGGCGCCGCAGAGUUUGACGGGUUUCCUCAGCAGCUGCGUCUGAUGGAGGCGGCGUUCAAGCUGUCGGCCAAGGACCUGCGCUCUCAGGUGGUGAGAGAGGCCUGCAUCACUCUGGGACACCUGUCGUCGGUGCUCGGCAGUAAGUUCGACCACUCUGCGGAGGCCACCAUGCCCAUCCUCCUCAACCUGGUCCCCAACAGUGCCAAAGUCAUGGCCACCUCCGGCGUGGCCGCCAUCCGCCUCAUCCUCAGACACACACACUUCCCCCGUCUCAUCCCCAUCAUCACCAGCAACUGCACCUCCAAAUCUGUGGCCGUCAGAAGGCGCUGCUUCGAGUUCUUGGACCUGCUGCUGCAGGAGUGGCACACCAGCUCUCUGGAGAGACACGGGACAGUUGUCAUGGAGACGAUAAAGAAAGGGAUCCAUGAUGCAGACGCCGAGGCUCGCUCUGUGGCCAGGAAGUGCUACUGGAGCUUCCAUGGUCACUUCAGGCGGGAGGCGGAGCAGCUGUUCCAGGGCCUGGAGUCGUCCUAUCAGAAGGCUCUGCAAGCUCACCUGAGGAGCGGGGACAGCCUGAUGUCACUGCCGGCCUCAGACCGCUCCUCCUCUUCCUCCCAGGAGAGCCUCAACCGCCCGCUGUCCGUCAAGAACACCUUUGGAGGCGGGACUACAAGAUCCAAACCGGCCCACACCAGGACUCCUGCUGCAGCCUCCUCUCCAGGCUCCCUCCAGCGCUCUCGCAGCGACGUGGACGUCAACGCGGCGGCCACCGCUACAGCCCGCACCAGGAUGCCUGCCGUGCCCUCUGCAGUGUCGGCGGCUUCACCCUUCAGUUCGGCCUCGGCGCUCCCUCCUGGAUCCUACGCUUCACUGGACGGCUCGUGGUCUGUUAAUGCAGACGGUCGAGUCCGAACCAGGAGGACGAGCGCAGGGAACGGCCCGACUGUGACGGACAGCCGAGGGAGGAGUCGAGGGAAGGUCGUCUCGCAGUCUCAGCCCGGCAGCAGGUCAGGUUCUCCCGGCCGACUGCUGAGCUCCACCUAUGGCAGGAUCCCCAGGCCGACCAUGGGCACCGCCGCCGCCACCGCCGCCAGCAGCACCUCCGCCAACCUGAGCGACAAGGGCCGACCCCGAGGUCACCGCAGCCAGGGCUGCAGCCGGGAGACCAGCCCCACCAGAUCAGGCUCAGCCCGGAGCCGGAUCCCCCGGCCGAGCAUGAGUCAGGGCUGCAGCCGCGAAACCAGUCGCGAGAGCAGCCGCGACACCAGCCCCGCCAGGGGUUUCUCCCCCCUGGCCACUCGACGUCACUCCCGGUCAACCAGCGCCCUGUCCUCUGCAGAGUGCUACUCAGACCGGCUGUCCCAUCAGGCUCGGAUCUCGGCCUCCGUCAACGCCAUGAGAAUCCUCAACACUGGCACCGACGUCGAGGCUGCCGUCGCUGACGCUUUGCUGUUAGGAGACUCGAGGAAUAAGCGGAGGCCGGUGAGGCGGCGCUUUGAGUCUCCGGGGAUGUACUCAGAUGACGACGCCAACAGCGACGCCUCCAGCGCCUGCUCCGAGCGCUCGUACAGCUCGCGGAACGGGGGCAUGGCGCCACACUUCCUGCGUCAGACGGAGGACGUGGCAGAGGUCCUGAACCACUGCGCCAGCGCCAACUGGUCUGAGAGGAAGGAGGGGCUGCUGGGACUGCAGAACCUGCUGAAGAGUCAGAGGAUGCUCAGCCGCGUGGAGCUGAAGAGGCUCUGUGAGAUCUUCACCAGGAUGUUUGCAGACCCUCACAGCAAGAGAGUGUUCAGCAUGUUCCUGGAGACUCUGGUGGACUUCAUCACGCUGCACAGGGACGACCUGCAGGACUGGCUCUUCGUGCUGCUCACUCAGCUGCUGAAGAAGAUGGGGGCUGACCUGCUGGGCUCAGUCCAGGCCAAAGUCCAGAAGGCCCUGGACGUCACCAGAGAGUCGUUCCCGUAUGAGCAGCAGUUCAACAUCCUGAUGCGUUUCAUCGUGGAUCAGACGCAGACGCCCAACCUGAAGGUGAAGGUGGCCAUCCUGCGCUACAUCGAGGCGCUCGCCCGCCAGAUGGACCCGGCCGACUUCGUCAACUCCAGCGAGACGCGCCUCGCCGUGUCACGCAUCAUCACCUGGACCACCGAGCCCAAGAGCUCCGACGUCCGCAAGACCCUUCAUAACUGGGCAGGGGAGGAUUUCUCAGGCCGCCCCAGCACCGUGGCCUCUCUGCCUGGAGAGGGCAACCUGGAGGAGAGGUGCAAGCAGGCAGCCCAGGUGGUGCUCAUCGCACUGUUCGAGCUGAACACGCCGGAGUUCACCAUGCUGCUGGGCGCCCUGCCCAAAACCUUCCAGGACGGGACCACCAAGCUGCUGCACAACCACCUGAGGAACGCCAGCGCCAACAGCGGCAUCAGCAUGGCGUCUCCCAGUAACUCUGCAGGCCGGACGCCUCCUCGGCAGCCCAGCAGCCGCAGCAGCCCUCUGACAUCACCCACCAACUGCUCCCAUGGCGGCCUCUCUCCCAGUCGGCUGUGGGGUUGGAGCGCUGACGGGCUCUCCAAGUUCCCUCCUCCACCCUUCCCCUCCCCUCUCACUCCACCCACUGCCCACUCCUCCCUCAAGGCAGUGCGGCGAGCGUUCUCACCCAGCAUGCUGGAGUACGACAGUGAGAAUCUGAACUCGGAGGAGAUCUACAGCUCUCUCCGCGGCGUCACCGAGGCCAUCCAGAACUUCAGCUUCCGCAGCCAGGAGGACCUGAUGGAGCCGCUGAGGCGGGACGGCAAGAGGGACGGCAUGUCUGGAGUCGGAGCGUCCUCAGACUCCGACGUCGUUGGGGGAGGACGCACCGCCCUGGACAACAAGACGUCGCUGCUGAACACGCCGUCCCCGCGCUCCUUCGCCGGCCCGCGCUUCAGAGACUACAACCCGUACAACUACACGGACAGCAUCAGCACGCUGGAUAAAGCUGCCCUGAAGGAGGCGCUGUACGAGGACGCUGUGGAGCAGCUGCGAGACGGCGGGAGACAAGAGUGCGUCGAGAACAAGAUCGUGAGCCCCAAAAGCUUCCCAGCAGGACCCGCCGAGCAGCUGCAGCUGGUCGGCGAGCUGCUGAAGGAGCUCUCCCAGGGCCAAGGCGGGGAGCGGGGCCCCGAGGAGCGGCGGGGGACCCUGCUGGAGCUGCUGAAAGUGGCACGCGAGGACAGCCUGGUGGUGUGGGAGGAACACUUCAAGACCAUGCUGCUGCUGCUGCUGGAGACGCUCGGAGACAAAGACCACACGAUCCGGGCGCUGGCCCUGCGAGUCCUGAAGGAGAUCCUGAGGAACCAGCCGGCCCGCUUCAAGAACUACGCCGAGCUGACCAUCAUGAAGACGCUGGAGGCUCACAAAGACUCGCACAAGGAGGUGGUGCGUGCGGCAGAGGAGGCGGCCUCCACGCUGGCGGCCUCCAUCCACCCAGAGCAGUGCAUCAAGGUCCUGUGUCCCAUCGUGCAGACGGCCGACUACCCCAUCAACCUGGCCGCCAUCAAGAUGCAGACGAGGGCCAUCGAACGCAUCGCCAAGGAGCCGCUGCAUCAGCUGCUGUCUGACAUCAUCCCCGGGCUGCUGCAGGGCUACGACAACACGGAGAGCAGCGUGAGGAAGGCCAGCGUCUUCUGCCUCGUCGCCAUCUACUCUGUGAUUGGAGAGGAGCUGAAGCCGUACCUGGCUCAGCUGACCGGCAGCAAGAUGAAGCUGCUCAACCUGUACAUCAAGAGGGCUCAGACCUCCACCAGCAACAGCAGCAGCUCCUCCGACAUCUCCUCCUACUAACUCCGCCCACGCCCAGCCCUCCUCCUCAUCAACUUCAUCACCACGUUUCAUUCCAUCAGACGACACAAAAAGGAUCAUGAUUUAAUCUAGAUGUUCUGUGUAGGAGCAGGCGCCUCCUCCCAUCCAGUCUCCUCCUGCUGAGGAAGAUGAGGAGGUGCUUGUUUUUGGGAGGAAGGAGGCGGCUGAGACGUCCUCUGUCAGCGCUAGAGUCAUGAGCCUUAAGACUUUUAUCUUCCAUGGAUGGUAGGAACCUCUGUCUCCUCCUCUUCCUCCUCCUCCUCCUCGCUCCUGGGACCUGAGGUGAGUCUGCUCCUUCCUCUGAGCGCAGGAGCACCCUGUGGCUAUAUCAGUAUUUGUACUCCUCUUUAGUAUCCACGUGUUUAACGUCCACUUCAGACCUGACUGUGUAUUGAAUGUAAAGAGCUUUGAACCAUGUUCCUCCUUCCUGAACUACUGCCUCAUCCAACCUGGUGGAUCAACCUUAAAGGAACACGUGAGGACGUUUGAGCCACAGAGAGCGGCGCCAGCGUCUUUAAAGGGUCCAUCUGAACAUUAAUGUGUCACUGGUUUCUUAAAGUACAAGAGAAGAAGAACGAGUCUCCUUAAUAUAAAACAUUUUAGCUUUAAAAGAUCAAAAUGUGAAGUUGAUGUUAGUUUGCGUUGGAUGAUCAUUUGGCUGGCCAAUGAUGUGAAGCACUACAGUGAGUUGAUUUUGGGCCCAACGACCAGCACCAGGUUUUAUUUAAAGGACAAAUCAUUUUACAGGUGUUAGAGGGUUUCAUUUGCUCCGUGUGACGCCCAUCAGGUCAAUAACCAAUUACAAAUCUCAGUUUUUAAGCUUAAUUGUAACUCACAGGGCUGGACCAAGCAGAUUUAGCGCCCUGGGUGGGCUUCCGCUGGGGCCCCCGACCCUCCUGAAAAAAUAUAAAAAAAUGUUUCAUAUAUUACAAGGAAUAAAAAAUAAAGAGAAAAUCAACCGAAAUAACAAACAAAUAUAAUUAACAAGGAACAACAGCUGGAUGAUGAAACAUUUUUAUGUUGAAAUCAAAUAUAAUUUUUAACUCGCAGUGCCGGACCUAGCAAAUUCAGCGCCCUGGGCAAGCUUGUGGUGGGGCCCCGACCCCCCAACAUCCAGAAAAAAAAAUAAGACUUGUUAUAUACAUUACAAACUAACCAAAGAUAAAAUAACAAACAAAUGAAAUGAACAAAGGAACAACAGCUGAAUGAUGAAACAUUUUUAUAGUGACGUAAAGUAUGGUUUUAAUUGUAACUUGCAGGGCCGGACCAAUCAGAUUUAGCGCCCAGGGCAAGCUUUCAUUUGGGCCCCCAACAUCCAGAAAAAUCCCCAAAACCCAAAUAACAAACAAAUCUGAUAAAUAAACAAUUAAAAAAUGCAGUAAGUGCAAAUUUGGGACUGAACAAGUCUGAACAAACGUGUUUACGUCUGUUCAAUCCAUCAAAUUGGGAAAAAAACAGGGGCCAUUUUAAGUCAGCUGAUGUCAAAUGUUUUGACUCGACCAGCGGACUUCACUAAAAGCCUGACGUUGUAAAACCAGCCGCUGGCGAUUCGACCUAGCCUGGAAAUCCAGACUCAGAUCUAGAAAGAUUUUGAGUCUGGCCCUCACCGAUACACCCUUCCUACCCAAGGGGCGGCACUAAC